ACACUGUGCCGGAAUGUCAAUCAAAUGAAAACAAAAAAAGAAGCGGCGUGAAAAAAACUCAAAAUCUACUACAAAAUCAAUUUUAAACACAAUUUAAAUGCUGUGAAAAGGCGGCGCAGCAGCACCAUAGCAAAGCAAGUGUCGCCAAAAGCGGAAACGGCAAGCUGGAGACGCACUUUAUGGCCAAAAUGGGGAAGUGGAUGACCCCCGAAGAGGAGGCACGCCAAAAGUUCAUCAUGCGGGAACGGGAUCGCGAGCGGAAGCGCAUCAAGCGCAUGAAUCCCGAGUACCGCCAGAUGGAGAGAGAGCGGGACCGAUUCCGCAAGCAGACGCCAAGGCCCAGUUUGAUGACACCCGAGGAGGAGGCGCGCCACAAGUUCAUCAUGCGCGAGCGGGAUCGCGAAAGAAAGCGCAUCAAGCGCAUGAAUCCCGAAUAUCGGCGAAUGGAGCGCGAACGCGACCGAUUUCGCAAGAAGGCACGACGCUCGAACUUGACCCCCGAGGAGGAGCUGCGGCUGAAAAUGAUACAGCGGGAGAGAGAUCGCGAGAGGAAGCGCAUCAAGCGCAUGAAUCCCGAGUACCGGCGGCUGGAGCAGGAGCGCGAUCGGGACAGAAAGAAGGCGCGGAGAGCGAACGAGGCCUUCCGGCAGCUCGAGAAGCUACGUGACAAGAUACGCAAGGACCGCAAGAAGGGACUCCUGGUGACCGAUCCCUCACAGCUCCCGCCCGAAUUCGCGGCCAUACUACCGCCAGUGCCUGUUGUCAAGCCCGAGGUUGGUCUGCCGCCAACCUCCCAGGGCCAGCAACAACAACAACAGCAGCAGCUGCAGCAGCAACAGCAACAGCAGCCGCCACCCUCGCAUCUCCAGGAGCAGCAGCACCACCAGCUGCCGCACCAGCGGGGCCGCAACAUGUCGCAUGCGACGUCCGCGGCGAGCACUCUCACCCAGCUGACGCCGCCGGCCCACGUGACGCCCACGCACUUGCAGCAGCUCAACAAGCUGCAGCAGCUGUAUCCGCCGCGGUCGUUCGCGCACCCCGCCUUGCCCAUCACCAGCGUCACGCUGAUGCCGCAACUGUGCCACCCCAUUCUCCACCAGAACCUGAGUGCCACGCUGUACGCGGGACCGAACGGCAUCAAGCAGGAGUACGGCCAAGAUGUGUCCGCCUCGGCCAUGGCCGCUGCCCAGGCGGCUGCUCUGGCAUCGCUACGGGGCCAGCAGCACACGCAGGACGAUCAGGAUAUGGCUCUCAACCUGGAGCCGGAGAUCAUACUGCAGACAGCGCCAGAUGUGAAUCCCGCCCAGCCACAGCAGCACCACUUCACUGCCCACCAGCAGCAGCAACAGCAGCAGCAGCACCAUCUCCAGCAGCAACAGCAGCAGCAGCAGCACUGCAACAUGUUCCAGCACAUGGCACCGCAGGCCCAUAUGCAGCACAUGCGAUCGGCGGCGCAGCCUCCGCCGCCACCCUCUGUGGCACUGCCGCCACCGCCACCACCAGCCACACAUCAGCAUCCACCGCCUCAACAGUUGCAGCAUCCGCAGCAGUGAAAGAUUCUCGCCUUUAGUCUUUAAGCUCAACGCUAGCCAGCUAAUCACAUUUCACACGUUCAUGUGCGUCUACAGUGGGUCUGGAAAGUGCCUCCACACCGGAAAAAUGUUCAACGCAAUGCCCACUCGGAACCCACUGUGCUUAGAGUUGGGGUUAAAUUGUUUUUGUGAUUCCUAUUUCUGAUUUAAUGAUGUGCAAAAGUACGUUUUCCUGUGACAAGGCAGAUGUUUAUGGAACUAUGUAUCAGUAACAGAAGUAGACUUGACCUGUAGCAAUAUCAUGAGAAAACGUAUCUUUGUCUCGCAAGUAUCCGGUAUUUCUGUCAAUGCUUUAACUGUUCUUCAGUAUCCAACAUCCUUGCAAUAUUUAAAGCCCUAGAUGUAGUCUCUUGUUUUAUGUCCCUUUUCUUAUAGAAGUCACAGCUCUAAGGGAUGUCUCAAACACUCAUGUACGUUCGAUAUUUGUUUGAAUGUUAAGUUAAGAUGCCAUUUGUAAAAUGCCGUUGCGUCGCGCAUUGCGUUGAUUGCGUGAGUGCGCGGCGCUACAUUUGUGGGCUUCCCCGAUCCCGGAUAAGUUGUCGUCAUCGUCAUCGCCUCAGCAUUUCUCUGUUUUUUAGGUCUGUACGUAUUUUGUUUAGUCGCUAAGUGAUAGAUGGAUGCAUUCGCGCAUUCCUACAAUAUUUGCAAGUUUAAGAUAAUGAGAUUCGAUAUAACGAUACGAUAACGAUAAUUGUACGAUUACACCUAUGAUAUAAUGAUACAUGGCAAGCCGUAAAUAAUUAUUACGAAUUUAUGCGCAAAUACGAGCAAAAUAUAAGUAGCAAAAACCCUUGCUACCUAUGAAA